AUGCGUUUUUCGCCACAUCAUUUAUUUACGAGCGAGAUCACGCUCGCGUUAAUCCUCUUCUUGCUCAAGGACUCAUCCGUAGUAGUUGCGCAAGAAGGUGCCUCUGUCACUCCCACUGGAAAUACCAAUAGCAAGCCGUAUAAUUGCGACCCGGCAACUUGUCAGAUUGCCCACAACUGUCUUUGUGCAUCCAAAAACCCACCGAACAAUUUCUCACCACAAGAUACUCCUCAAUUUGUCACUGUUACGUUUGAUGACUCGAUCCAGCCUACGCUCAUUCAAACAGCGUAUGAUUUGCUAAACGUAACGUUUACGUCGAUGCAAUAUACCGACUUUUCACUUGUCCAGCAAUGGUAUUCUGCCGGUCAUGAGAUAGCAGACCAUACGUUCAACCAUGUUGGGGAUCCAUCAGAAAAUGAAAUAACGAGUUGUCGCACAAUGCUAAAUACAUAUGGCGGAGUGCCCAAUGGCAAAAUCCAAGGAUUCCGAGCACCGUUCCUGAACUUUACAGGCACAACACUGACUGUAUUGAAAAAACAAGGGUUUACAUACGAUUCGAGUGCAAGUGCGAUACCUGAUGAUGCGUACUGGCCGUAUACACUGGAUCAUGGUAUGGCCAACAACUGUUGGACGGGCGUAUGCGAUACGCAAAUCCCUGGAUUAUGGGAAAUUCCGAUGUAUGCAGUGCCUGACGCCACAGGCAUCCCCCAACUCAUGGAUGUCUAUAUGGCCGGGUCACCUCAGGACGUCACAAAAUGGAGCACAGAUGCAUUUGACAAGCAUUAUAACGGUGGCCGUCAGCCAUUUGGCAUCUACAUCCACCCAACCCAUUUGACCGGAUAUCCCGGUCUGCCGGAUCCAAAACCGAAACUGGAUGGUCUGAUUGCAUUUAUCAAGUCAAUAGCCGACAGGCCAGAUGUGUGGUUUGUCACUAAUCAACAACUACUGCAAUGGAUGAAGAAUCCGGUCAAAGCUUCAGAGUUGAAGAAUCAGUCCUUUUUAAAAUGCCAACAGCCUGUUAUCGCCAAGGAAAUAUGUAACGGGCUUGACGAUAAUGGCAAUGGUCAAAUCGAUGAAGAGUUGACCACUGUUUGUAACUUUGGAACAACCACGUUCAAGACAUGUUUUAAUUGUCCAAGCACUGCACCCACGCUAGAUAAUCCGACGCCAGAUCCAUCAGUUCAGAACGGAACGGCCGGGUAUCGUUAUCCAUUGCCGGAUAACUGCGAUACCCAAUGGUGGGAUCCUAUUGGAAACUCGUGUCUGUGUACGUCGUCGGAUUGCCAGUACAAAGAUACUGCAGUGCCAGUCAGUGACUCUGGUCAAAACGGUAAAGAUGGUGAAGGAAGCUCGGCCAGUGGCGCCGCUUCAACUCUUGGAGAAUCAUCCGCUUAUCUCAUUCUGGCCACUUCAAUUUAUGCUUGGCUAUAA